AUGUACGUAACGGUAGGUGCCAACGACAUCCUCUUAACGGUGAACGAUUUUGUUAACAAGGAGACAUCCUCAUAUCAGAUAAGUGACAUAAGCAAUGAAAUGAAAAUAAGUGAAAUAAUUAACAAAAUUAAAGUAAAAAAAAAUUACACAUAUGACAAUAACUCCUUAGUACUGUACUUUGCAAGAGUUGAAUGCAAAUUGGAUGAGAAGCUUUCAACGUACAAUAAGUCCAACAGAAAAACUGUAAAGCUGGAGUUAUAUUUGGCCAACUUAAUUACAAUUAACGUGAGAACAUUGCAAUCCUGUGGAUCCGGAACAAGCAGAUGUAUUCCUUUUUGGUCCUUCUGCUUCAGACAAACAAUCAAAAUAAAAAUAAUUGACACAU